UAAACGUGACGCAUGCGUACUGACAUCAACAUGACCGACUCCCGUUGGCUGCCGCUGGAGGCGAACCCCGAGGUGAUGAAUAAGUAUGUUGAGAAGUUGGGCAUGAAGAUGACUUGGAAAUUUUGCGACGUUUAUGGUCUGGAUGAAGACUUACUGGCAAUGGUGCCACAACCUGUCUGUUCUGUCCUGCUGCUUUUCCCAGUUAACAGAAAGCACGAAGAAUACCGUGAGCAGGAAGCAAGAAAACUGGAAGAACAACAUGUGGACAGCGAUAUUUACUUCAUGAAACAAACAAUUGGGAAUGCAUGCGGAACCAUUGGCAUUUUACAUGCACUCUGCAACAACCAGGACAAACUGGAGUUCGAUGAUGGAUAUCUCAAAGACUUCAUUGCAAGAACAAAUCCAAUGUCUCCUGAUGAGAGAGGGGCUCAUUUAGAAGGAGAUGAGGGUAUAACAGAGGCACAUGAAGACAGUGCACAGGAGGGACAAACAGAGGCUCCUCACAGAGAUGCUUCUGUGGAUUUGCAUUUUAUUGCUCUUGUGCAUCGAGGAGGCAACAUCUAUGAGUUGGAUGGGAGAAAACCCUCUCCAAUUAAUCACGGCCCAUCAUCUGCUGGCAGUUUCUUAAAGGAUGCAGCAAGAGUGUGUAAAGACUUCAUGGCCAGAGAUCCUAGUGAAAUGAGAUUCACAGUAGUUGCACUGGCACGUGGUGAUAAUUAGGUGUGCUCAACAGCUCAUUAGUCUAGUAGUCGCAACAAAUGCUGUUUGUUAAGAAAAUGUUGUUAGUGGAUGUUUUGUACAUGAAAGGCAGUCAAUUGAGCAGUAAACGUCUGAACUUCA